UAGAAUAAAUGCGCUCUAAUUAGAAUAGUCCUCGCCAUGUGGCGCACCAAAGACGUUUAGUGCAGUGCUAUAUAAUUUUAUAUCUAGUUAAGAAAGGGCUAUUAAUGGAAAAUCAAGAAGAGAAAGCGAAACAAAAUCAAUUUGUGAUCCCUGGAGACUUCUUGUGCCCUGAAUCUGACCACAAACCUGGAACAGGAACAUACACAAAACAUGGAAACAUCUACUCCUCUUUUUGUGGCAAAGUUGAAAUUAAAAAGACACCAGUUGAAGCAGCAGAGCUUCCACUAAUAUCUGUAGUCAGCACUAAACAAAGAACAUUGUCUGUACCCAUAAUGGGAUCUCGCGUCAUCUGCAAAGUAUUCAGCAUAAAUGAGCGUCAAGCCAAAGUGAACAUUAUCAGUGUGGAAGGAACAGUUCUACAACAGCCAUUGAGUGGAGUCAUUCGAAAGAGCGAUGUACGAGAGAUGGAGAAAGACUCUGUGGUGAUAUUCAACUCUUUCCGACCUGGUGAUUUGGUUCGCGCUCGAGUAAUCUCACUAGGUGAGGGCAACCAGUAUGUGCUAUCAACAGCUGAGAAUGAACUGGGGGUGUUUGUGGGCCUGAGUGAAAGUGGGGGGACUUUAGAACCAGUGAGCUGGGCCGAAAUGCAGUGUUCUAAAACUGGACUCAGAGAGAAGAGAAAAGUAGCUAAAGUUGUAGACGCUGUGUCAGUAUAGUGACUGUAGUAUGUCUAUUUUGUUGGUAUAAUUAUGUGUUGCUUUUGUUGUUGUGUUAAAUUGUAUCGCUCUUAUUCAUGUUCAAUGAUAGUUGAUAAUAA